UACAAUCUCCCUUUCCUCUUACUGCCACUUCACACUACCGGGCCCUCAUCUUUGGCUGUUUUCGCCUUUUGUUGAAUGAGGUAUUGUUCUGCUUGCGAGCGGACUGCCGGUAAAGAUGGCUUAUAAUGGGUACGCCCAAGAUAUGGAUGGGAUCGAGACUUCGGGGCCCAAGGUCACUGUGAGAGAAGUCGAGCAAGAUCGAUGCGACUUUGUUCUCCAGUCAUGUUCCUUAUCACUAGCUAAUUCCUUACGCCGCGCUAUGCUCGCCGAAAUUCCCACCAUCGCCAUCGAUCUUGUUGACAUUACUACAAACUCCUCAGUCUUGCCAGAUGAGUACCUCGCACACAGACUUGGGUUGAUUCCCUUGUACAGCAAAGGGGUUUCCUCAAUGAAAUACACCCGAGACUGCGAUUGCGACGAUCAUUGCGAAUAUUGUUCUGUUGAGCUCAGAUUACACGUCAAGUGUACACGACCAGGCACGAUGAUGGUGUACGCCCGCGAUCUCACCGUCAUCUUUGGUCCAACGGGUGUGGCACCUCCUCUUGUUCAGGCCGGGGUUGGCUCACCUGUCAUUCGAGACGCCAAUGGCACUGGUCCGCUGAUCGCCAAACUGAGACAAGGUCAAGAGAUCGACCUGAAAUGCAUAGCCAAGAAGGGCAUUGCCAAAGAGCACGCAAAAUGGGCACCGACAUCUGCCAUGGGGUUCGAGUACGACCCAAACAAUAAGCUACGGCAUGUGGAUUACUGGUAUGAGACCGAUGCAAAGGAAGAAUGGCCGGUGGAUGAACGGAAUGCCACAUGGGAAGGCGAUGACACAGCUGCUGAUGCUUCUUUUGAUCCUGACGCGGUCCCAAGCGCAUUCUUCCUUGAUGUCGAGGGCAUCGGAACGCUUGAACCGGAUGACAUAGUCACAGAAGGAAUCGAAGUACUCCAGAAGAAGCUCGCGGAGACACUGAAGGUAUUGGGAGGUGCGGAUGACGAGGCCAACGGCAUGAAUGGCAUUCAAAGCCCUGAUGGCUACGAACCUGCACCGGCAAACGGAGUCUACGGCGCUUAUGGCGUUCCGGGAGGGACAACUCCUUAUGGUGCAGGUUCAUACGGGGGCUACGGAUCAUAUUAAAUGAUGCAAUGCCUAUUGUUUGAUGCAUAGCGAGGCGCACAAGGCUCUCGGGCGGGAUCUUGGGAUUUUCAAAAGUCGUGCAAUACGAUGCGGAAUUGGUUUGAUGCAAGAAAGUGACCAGGAGACAUCAAAAGGCCACGUUGGUCUUGUUGCAGUGGCUCAACUUUUCUCCAACACCCUUCUUUGGCAAUUGGUUAUCGAGAGGCGUUCAAGCAUAUACAACUGCUGUUGAGCAACCUCUGAAUAUCCGAAACGGAGAAGCUGGUUUCUGCAAAAGUGGAGGUAGUCAUCUACGGAGACAGUAAUAAUCAGCUUGAUGGAUCUCUCAUCGCAGCAGAUACUGUAUCAUAAAGUUAUGAGACUAUUGGCAUCCUUCAAGACGCAGCUUAAACCGGAAAGCAGGAGGUGCUCUCCUGACUGGGUUUGCCAACUUGUAGUCAGCAUCACGCCUACAGAAUUGCUUCCGUAAGCGAUGCACAUGCAGGUUGAUGUGUAGGGGUUCAGAGGACUAUCGUCAAG